AUGGCCGACUCUGACGUUAGUAAGCUAGAGGCUAAUCAGCCUGAGAUUGUUCGUCCAAUGGGAAACUUCCUCCCAUGCAUGUGGAGUGAUCAGUUCUGUUCAUUUUCUUUGGAUAAGCAGUAUGCUAACGAAAUUGAAGUGCUGAAAGAAAAGGUGAGGAGCAUGCUAGUAGCUGCUGGAGGCAAAUCAGCGGAGAGAAGGCAUUUGAUUAACACACUCGAACGCCUUGGUGUUUCCUAUCACUUUGAGAAAGAGAUUGAAGACCAAUUGGAGAACAUGUUUUCUGCCUAUGACCAUGAAAAUAAUGAAGGCUAUGAUUUGAAAACCAUUGGCCUUCACUUUAGAAUAUUCAGACAACAUGGCUAUAAAAUGCCAAGUGAUGUCUUUAACAAAUUCAGAGAGAGCAAUGGAGAAUUCCAGGAAUCCACUACUACCGAUGUGAUGGGUAUGCUAAGCUUAUAUGAAGCUGCACAUUUGAGGACGCAUGGAGACGAUAUUUUGGACGAGGCUCUCGUAUUUGCAACCACUCACCUUCAGUCCAUUGUGACCAAUUUAAGCCCCACUCUUGCGAAAGAAGUGGUGCAUGCACUGAAGCAACCCCUUCACAAGGGGUUUCCAUUCUAA